AUGUUCAUCGAUCUUAAAAAUGCAUUUGGCGAAGUCCAUCAUAACCUCAUUUACGAAGUCCUUGAUUAUCAUCACGUUCCUAAUCACAUAAAGAACCUUAUCUGCAGUCUUUACACUGAUUUCCAAACUUCCAUCAUAACCGAACAGUUUAACACCCCCUUCAUUACAGUCGGUCGUGGCGUUCUUCAAGGCAAUUGUCUCAGUCCACUUUUAUUCAACAUGUCAUUCAAUACUUUCAUACAACAUAUUAAAUCUGAAAAAUACCGUCAGCUUGGUUUUUGGAAAUUAAGUGAAAUUGGCAUUCCGUGCAAUCCUAUACAUUGGUUUCAGUUUGCAGACGAUGCUGCUGUUAUCAGUAGCCAAGAGAAAGAAAAUCAAAUGCUCCUUAAUCGUUUUACAAUCUGGUGUCAAUGGGCUAAUAUGAUUAUACGCGUUGACAAAUGUUCAACAUUUGGCAUUAAAAAACACUUAACUAAAUCUAUCCAGUAUUUACCCAAGCUUUUCGUUAAUAACGAUCUUGUACCCAGAACCAAAAUGGGCAAAUCUUUCCGUUACUUAGGUCGCUAUUUCGAUUUCAAUAUGUCUGAUGAGGAACACAGAUCGGAAUUACUCGACGUGUUUAAUGACAUCAUGAAUAAAAUUAAUGAACUACCUUUACACCCGAAAAAUAAAAUUCUACUAUACAGUCGUUACUUGCUGUCAAAGAUAUCCUGGGACUUAACUGUUUCUGAUAUAUCUAAGACCUGGAUCUGCGAAACGUUAGACAGUAUUGCGACAAAAUAUAUCCGAAAAUGGCUGGAACUUCCUGUCUCUGCAACCCUUAGCAACGUGUUGCUUCCACAAAACAAAUUUGGUCUGAAUAUUAUUCUCCCUUCGACAAAAUUUAUCCAAUGUCAAACUGUCUCUCGAUCAGCUUUAAAAUACUCACCAAACGUAAAUAUUAACAAUCUAUGGGCGGUGACGAGCACCAACAAGAACAUACAGUAUGACAUUUACAAAGACACAAAAGACGUACUUAAGGCAGUUAGAAAAGAAAACGAACAAAGACUUCAAAACCACCUCAUUUCGCAAGGUUCUUUCUUUUCCAGUAUCAUGAAUCAUUCCACAUCCACAUUCAACUCUUUAUGGUCAUCCGUUGAGAGCAAACUUCCGAAAAACAUUUUUAACUUCACCAUCCGAUAUAUCAAUAACACAUUUCCAACACGAAAGAACCUAUCAAAAUGGGGACUAUCACGCCGGGUCAGCUCUUCCCAAAAACCGGCCAUCUGAUAUAAACUUUUUCAAUAUAUUUCGGAUGGACAUGAAACUUGCUACAUCAAUAUAACUUUCCAUUCCGAACAAUCGUAUGUUUUUUGUUUUUGAGAUUUAACGGUUUUUGGCGGGAAAAUGACGUCACGAAACCUCCAGUUAAAAUUUAUUUUCAAUAUCUUAAUAGUUUUUAAGCAGAAUGUGGAAGAUCAUGUCAUGAAGAGUUCAAAACUGAAAAGAGAUUUUAAAUAUCUUAAUCUAAUCACGAGAUACAGGGGGUUUAGAAUCGAAUUUUCCACCAUUUUGUUACUAUUUUUAGAUUUUUCACGGUUUUUAUAGUGAAAUAACUUUGGAUUAGGUUUAGAUAUUUAAAAUCUGUUUUCAGUUUUGAACUGUUCAUGACAUGUUCUUCCAAAUUCUGCGACAAAACUAUUAAGAUGUUGAAAGUAAAUUUUAACUGGAGGUUUCGUGACGUCAUUUUCCCGCCAAAAACCGUUAAAUCUCAAAAAUAAAAAACAUACGAUUGUUCGGAAUGGAAAGUUAUAUUGAUGUAGCAAGUUUCAUGUCCAUCCGAAAUAUAUUGAAAAAGUUUAUAUCAGAUGGCCGAUUUUUGGGAAGAGCUGACCCGGCGUGUAUCAUCAACAUCCGAUUGCUCUUUCUGCUCCUCACCUGAAACGCUGUUCCAUGUGAUUGCUGGAUGUAAGACAUAUUUAGACGAAGGCCGGUUUACAUGGCGACACGAUUCUGUUUUAAAUUUCCUUGCAUCCACUCUUACUGCUGUGAAAAAUUCCACACUUUACGCGGACAUUCCUGGUUUUAUGAAUCCAUCUGUUAUCACGGGAGAUCGUUUACGACCUGACUUUCUGCUGGUGACUGAAAACAGAUGUCUAUACAUCCUCGAGCUUACAGUCGGUUAUGAAUCCAAUCUGCUAGUUAACGCCAAUCGUAAGCGUCAAAAGUACCGUGAUCUAAUCAAUGAGCAGGAAGCAGAUUAUGAUAAAUUCAAGUUCGUCAAUUUAUCCUUGAGUACCCUCGGAUUUUUUGGCCGAUCUUGUAAAAAUUUCGAUGGCAUGCUAAGUAGCCUUAAAUGUUAUGCCAAGUAUAGUAAAUACAUAAAAAAGCAAAUCGUGAACAUAUGCAUACGAACAUCAUAUUACGUAUUUUGUAAACGAAACAAGGUGUGGGAUAACCCAAAAUUAAUGUUAAUAUAAUCCUUCUUAAAAUAAUUAUUGUAAAAUAAAUAUAUAGUAUCAAUUCAAGUAGACAUUGAUAAACUACCUGUAAAGCGAGGUUUAUCAUUGUAGUUGUAUAUAUCCUAAUAAUCAAUAAAUAAAGUUUCCAUUAUUAUUAUUAUUAUUAUCAGCAGCAUUGAGCAGAGCAGCAUUGUUUAUACGCGCUCUGUACAUGUUGUUCGUUUUAUCGCUAUUUUCUUACUUGAACAACAGUUUAUUAGUCAAAAAUAUUAUAACUAUUGGAUUUACUCGGAUAUAAAUCAUGAUUCGUUCAAGCCUUAUUGAUAUGUUGGCAAUUUGCGCAGUUUGCUCGUUCUGUGGCAAGGACUUCGUUCCGUUGGGCCGUCAUUGAUGGCGUUGUAAAGAAAAAAUAUAUCAAGAUCGUCCUGCUAACACAGUCAAUCAAAAUAUGCCGGUUAUGCAUUCUCCUGUCAGAAUCUCAAACACCAACGACGUUAAGUGUUAUUGUGGUAAAUCAUGUAAAGGUACGCGGGGGCUUAAAAUGCACCAACGUAGUUGUCGUGUAAUACAUGGUUUAAAUGAUGAAUUGCUUACAGACCUUGAACAGCAAUCUACUGAGAACUCGACUGCGAAUACCACGCGAUGGUCAGAAUGCGCAAAUUUUCUCGCACUUGUGCGGGCUCAUUUUGUCAGUGGAGUUUCACGGCAUACUUGAAAAAUACCGUGUCAUAUUUCGUCUCUUCUCAUGUAAAUAGCAAAUUCAUGAAUAACACUUGAAUAAACAGAAAUAUGUGAAUUUGCACGCUAGUCUUUUGAAUAUAACGAUUGCAAAAUGUUUCCGUGUGAUCUAUUAGCAAUUUAAAAGAUACCUAAACUGUAAUACUGCCAUAUAUUUAAUCUCGCGUUUGUUAUUUGCGCAACAGCAGUUUUGCCGUGGAAUUAAAAUUGUGUGUCAUAUGAUAUUUUGAAUAGGCAAAUAGCGUUUGAGAUAUAGCAACAUUAGCAAACAAAUACACUGAAAUCUUGGUUAGCACACCAACGUUUACCACGUUUAAUGCAAUAUUACUAAACUGUAAUACUGCCAUAUAUACUUCAUCUCGCGUUUGUUAUUUGCGCAACAGCAGUUUUGCGGUUUUGCCGUGGAAUUAAAAUUGCGUGUCAUAUGAUAUUUUUAAUAGGCAAAUAGCAUUUGAGAUAUAGCAACAUUAUUAGCAAGCAAAUACACCGAAAUCUUUGUUAGCACGCCAACUUUUACCACGUUUAAUGCAAUAUUAGUCAACUUAUAAGAGAACGUGGGACGAAUCAUGCUGAAUUAUUCGACUAUAUAACUCCUAAGACAGACAGACACAAUAAUCCUUCAUAGGUUUAUUACAAACUGUAGACAUUUGAGACGCUGUCAAUGUCUGAGGAGAAGGUAUACUUAAAGCCUUUAAAUGAACGAGUUCGAUGCACAAUUUCUGGUCUUUUACCAUAAUUAUCCCAUCCUGGUUUUAUUCGCUACAUUAUAAACCUCCUCCACACAAUACCCCUUCUUUAAAAUACGAAACAUUUCGAACACAAUUGAGAUAUGAAAUCUCAACAAGAAGCCAAUUCAAGAUGGCAAAUCAGUCAAAAGUGCAAAUCAAAACCCAUUUUUAUACGGCGAGUACGCGCAAUUUCUGAUGGGUUUCGACACCAUAGCUUGAAGCCAUGAAGAUAAACUUUAUUUUAAGUUUAGAGCUUUCUGGUUUAACAACAUCACUGCGUCGUAAAUAGCAAAUUUAUCCUUGCCAAGGGUACUUUGAGGCACAUUUCGUGAUUUGACCAGUGCUCUCACUUUUAAGGAAUUAUCCUUAAAAAUAGGAAUUUUGAAGAGUUUUAAGGAUUUUUUUAAGGAAUUUAGGUUUUUGAGGAUUUUUUUAAAGGAAUUUCCGAAACAUUUUAUCCUGGACUAAAACGUUUGACGGAGAAUAACCACGCCACGCAAAUGAGAUUUAAACCUGAAAGUAGCAACACUAUAUGCACAUAAUUACAUAUAUUCGUAUGUUCUCUAUGUCGUAAAUGUACAUAUGGCUGUCUUUCCAUUAAAAUUCUCAAAAGUUAAAUGUCAGUGUAUGCUGUUUCUUCUGAAAUCUACAGAUUUUCUAAGUUCUCAGGGCCCUAGAGACCGGGGGAGGGAGGGUGCAACACCCUUAAUAUUGCUCAUGAACAAUUUCAGGUAGAUAUCCUGUAGAUUUUCAGGUAAAUUCAGGUAAUUCUCAUGGCAUAAAAAAGUGAACUCUCUAAUCUGAAUUGGAGUUAACAAUCAAACAAACUAAAGACGUUGAGACGUGUUGUGGCAGGGAGACAAUUGUGAAAUACCCUUUCUGACGAUCUGGAGACUCCAAAUUUCCAAAAUUUUCUCAAUUUCCGAUUAUAAACUGAAAGUAGCAAUACUUAUCUUCAUUGUUAGGCAAUACUAAAAUAUUGGGUAUGAAAGACUCUAAAAAUGCCAUUUCCGACGGUCUAGAAACUUCAAAUUUUCAAAAAAUACGGUUUUAAAGAACGUUCAGUUCGAAAAAUUCAGGUAAAUCAGGUGAAAAAAACACUUUUUGCAACUCUGUGAUCAGGCCUUGUAGUAAUUUUACCAAUUUAAGGAAUUUUAAGGAAAUCUGAGGAAUUUUCGAGCUUUUUCUAAGGAAUUCGAAAAUUUGAUUGUGAGAGCACUGGAUUUGACACAAAAACGCAGACAAUAUAGGAAAAUGUGCUAAAUUCAAUAUCAGUUUUAUGGUCCGUAUAAACCCAACUUUGGCCAAAAAGUGGGGUAAAUUUUGGCAUCUACAAAGCGCAAAAUACUACCCAAGGGACACUACCCCUAUUAUAAUUUUGGAAAAGAGGGGUGACGCAAUGUAAUAAUGGGAAACUAAGUCCGAGAAAACGCGCAUAAUAUAUUCAAAAUAAUGCGCGAACUUGCAUGAAAUUUAUUUCUCCUGCUAGUAGCUAAAUCUUGCUGCUUGAAAUACGACACCACUAAAUUCCAAGUGGGAGGAAAUUGAGCAAAUCUGACCAUCGUGUACUUCUACUCAUUCUACAUUUGAGGAAAUUGAUGUAUUGGAAAAUAUUGCGAGCGAUCAGAAUUUUCCAGUGUUGAAGAAAGGGGUAAAGCUUCCCAAAAGCGACGCAGAAUGGUCAACGGCUGACAGCUAUUUCAAAUCUGAAUUGUGA